ACUGAACAAGAAUUGCAACCUAUAGCAUCUAAGAAGGAAAUCUCUACUCCACCAACAAAGAUGGCUAGUGAAAAAAGAAACUCUUCAAACCAAAAUCAUAUUACAAAAAAAAUAGAGGACAACAACUCAAAUCUAGUACAAAAGAUAAACACUUUAUCUCUUGAUUCAAAACCUUUCAAACCAGAAAACAAGGCUCUUCUUCUUAUUAGAUCAUAUCAUAAUUAA